GCUUGAACAGUUUGUUCUCGGACUUUUCGCUGGUCAGAGGCGGCUUUUUGUCGCUCCGCGCGCGUUCAUCGGAGCAAACCCCGCACAUAUUGGAAUAUCAAGAGAGUGUAGAAGCGGAGAAGUGAACAGAAAUCAAAAAUAAAAAUAUUGGAAAAAAGUGUGAUUUAGAAGUGGGAUUCUAAGGAUAGCAGUGAACGAUUACGGUUGGCUGGGGUGUUAAUCAAAAGUGAACAGAGGAAAAUUUUCGUUUUCCGCAGAAUCGAAGUGAAAAUCCGACCGGAAGUGCCUGAAAAAAGUGAUUCUUUGCGUACUAUUUUGACACGGAUUUCUACCGAGAGUAGUAUAGUUCAAUAUCAGCAGACAAAACACUACCACUAAAGCGGCGAGCGACCGUAGGGACCAGAGUGUAUGUUGUACGUACGGUUGCUGCCCCGCUGCUGCUGUUCAGUUCAGUGCCUGCCGAUGUGACGGCGACGGUUAGCUGUAUUUAGAAAAGCAUCACCGUUGUGCGCUCCGUCGUCCGCGUCGUUGCUAGUAGUGUGCCGCUCGAGGCAUGAUCCCAUAUAGAACACUACUCGGGAUAUCGUGCUCGGGUAAUGAGAUGAUGAGUUUAUAUAAGUACACAGAAGCAUAAAAAUAAAUUCAUUGAAAAUGAAAUUAUUUCUCUACAGUGAGUGAGUGAGUGAGUGCGGCGACAGCUUGCCAGCAUGAAUUAUCAUCGGCGAAUUCCUUCUGCGAUUCGCAAAAUGAGGCAAAAUGCGACGACACUGCUGCCGCUGCCGGUGCUGCAACGAAAGUAAAACAAGCAAUUAAUUUGCGAGUGAAAAUCAACCAAGGAAAAACUACUCCCCAUCAUCUGUGCUCCACACACUCGGGUGGUGAGCCAGAGGCAAGAAAUUAGUGUAAAUAUCAGCGACGUGAUUAAAAAUAAAAUGCCCAGAUUAAUUGCCGUCGUCGGCAUUUGGAUGCUGCUGCUGUCUGCGGUGGCGGUGGUGGUGGUGAAUUCGUCGGCGAUCGAUGCCCAGUUCGGACUGGACUGGGACCAGGACGCUACCGGGAUUAUCGCGAGUGGCGACUGUCCCCGGCUGUGCUCGUGCCUUGGAAAUGUCAUCGACUGUUCGGAGAAAAGCUUGAAGUCGCUGUUCCACAUUCCAUUGUGGGUGGAAAAUCUAGAGUUAUCGUCGAAUCGGCUCGGCUACGACGCAGUUCAGGCGCAGGUGGUCAACCUCGGCAAAUUACAGGUUCUCAACGUCAAUCACAACAACCUCGGCCGAAUACCGCGGUUUUCGGGGCUAAUAAGCUUGGUGCGGCUACAGUUGGCCAACAAUGGAAUCGAAGCGAUCGAAGUCGAAGCCCUGCAAGCAUUGACGAGCCUGAGGUUCCUGGAUCUGUCCCGGAACAGCAUCAAGGACGUCAACUAUGGGUCGUUCCCGGCGAAAAAUAGCUUACAGUAUUUGAACUUGAACUUCAACAAGCUGACCACGCUGGGCAAGGGAACAUUCCAGCGGUUGCAGUCGCUGAAACGAUUGGAAAUCAACAGCAAUAUCCUGGAAGAAGUACUGAGCUUAACCUUCCAAAAUUUGAAUCAGCUUAAAAGUCUGAAGAUGAACAACAACCGCAUUUCCAGUCUCAUGGAUGGCGUUUUCCAUGGCCUAACAACAAUUCAAACACUGGAGUUGAAUAAUAACAGCAUAACCAGUAUACGCAAAGGAGGUCUUUUUAACUUAACGAGCCUUACCAACUUAGCCUUAUCGCGGAACGCUAUCGUCGAGAUCGAACAGGACGGUUGGGAAUUUUCUCCGCGUCUGUUAACCCUCGAUCUCUCCUACAAUCGGUUGGAGUCUCUGGACAAGUACACGUUCGAGGAACUGUCGCAGCUUAAAACGCUAAAUCUGGAAGGUAACCAGAUCUCGGCCGUCGGAGAGGGAACCUUCAACAAUACGAAAAGUUUGGAGGUGUUGUACUUGGGAAUGAACAAGAUUUCCUGGACCAUCGAGGACAUGAAGGGACCGUUCUAUGGUCUGUCCAAACUGGAGCGACUUUAUCUCAAUUCGAAUGAAAUCAAAUCCGUCAGCAGGAAUGCCUUCAUUGGGCUCAAAUCGUUAAUGCUGCUGGAGCUGAGUCAGAACAACAUUUCAUCCAUUCAGAACAAUGCCUUCAAGGAUACGGUGCGGUUGAAUAAACUUAUUAUGAACUCCACGAACCUACUUUGUGAUUGCAAUCUUGUUUGGUUCUACCAUUGGAUGGAGGAGCGAAAAGAAGUUUUCCAGUUGGACGCCGAGUGUAGCUAUCCCAUAUGGUUGCGAGGACGACUGAUUCGGGACUUGAGUGCUUCCAAUUUCUCUUGUUAUGACUCGCCGAAACCACACCUCAUUGACGAACCAAAAACGCAGUUCGGGAUUCGUGGAACCAACGUCACUCUCGUAUGCACCGCAACAUCGACCGCCGCGGAUGUUAUGACUUUCAAGUGGAAACACGACAACCAAGAGCUGCCCGUGUCCGAUUCUACUGUCACGCAGCUCAAUAACGACAAUGGUACGGUAGGCACCACAAAGCUCACCAUACCCUAUAUCCAGAAUGGAGCCGCCGGCAAGUAUCAGUGCAUCAUCACCAAUGCCUACGGAGUGGUUUAUUCGCAGAAGGUUAAGGUUACUGUCGGUACAUUCCCGUUCUUCAAGAAGACUCCCAGCGAUAUUAGCGUACCAGCUGGGAAAAUGGUUCGGCUGGAUUGUGCCGCUGCUGGAGAUCCCAAACCGCAGAUUUCGUGGGAAAAGGACGGGGGAAAUGAUUUCCCCGCGGCAAAAGAUAGAAGGAUGCACAUCUCAGCCGACGAGGAUGCAUUCUUCAUCAUGGACGCUCAAAUAGUGGACAUGGGGGUGUAUACUUGCUCGGCGGAGAAUGCGGCUGGCGUGAUUAAGGCUAGUGCUUCUGUGUUGGUCCUCGAAUCACCGAUGCUGUUGAAACCUUUGGAGACAAAAGUGGCCGAGUUGGGAACGUCUAUUGUGCUGGAUUGCUCUGCUUCGGGGUACCCAAAACCAACCAUCCAAUGGUUCAAAGACGGAGAACCCCUCGUGAUAACCGAGAGGCACUUCAUAAUAGCGGAGGGACAACUGAUGAUCAUCGUUAAAACGGAUUUCGACGACGCAGGAGAUUACGUAUGUCAAGUGGAGAAUGAAUUUGGAAGGGAACAAGGCUUGAUGAAGCUUUCAGUUAUCGAGGGCGAAGAAUUGGUCGAGGACGAUAUACCAAAUAGCAACACAGAAACGGUCACGAAUGGUCAUGUGUUGAACGACAGAGAUAUCGUCGCAAUUAUCUUGAUUACGAUCGUAUGUUGCUGUAUUCUCACUUCACUAAUCUGGCUAGUGGUGAUGUUCCGGAUGCGAAAACGCAAUGACGGUUUCAAUGGAUACGCGGAUAAUCUUCAAGCCAAUCAACAGAACUUGAUCGUUCGCAGCGGCAUCGGGUCUGCUCCUGCCGGAUAUUUUGAAUUCCUUAUUCCCAUGGUUCGGAACGAAGCAACCACCAACGUAGAUGACGAAGAGCAAAACCCUCCCACAAACCGCUGUUACUACACGGUUGUUCCUAAGGUGCCACUCAAAUCCCGUCGAAACGGUGCCGAAUCCGACGACAUGGACGAUGAUCUUUCGUCGAAAGAUUCCGGCACUGGUGGGGACUGUGGAUCUGCCACGGGUUCCACCAACGCCCAUCGUGGCAGCCACGACGAUCUCAAAUGCCUCUUCCAAACGCUCAAUCGUAAAACGGCCGAACUGGGUAGCGCCUACACCUAUGAUGAACAUGAUCCGGACUCGGAUCCACGGAUAGAGCCACCCCCUCCGAUUCCACCCAUCAAUGCCACCACAGCCGUCCUGGUCAACAUGGAUCCGAACAAGAUUGUGUAUAGCGAUGAUCUGCCACCGCCGAUCAUCUCCCGGAUGGCCAACUCACAGACAUUUCCGGCUUUCGUGCAUCCGUCUUCGGUGACAUCCUCGUCAUCGUUAGUGGCGGCAGCCUCGAUGGAAGCGUCGGUUAGCGGGGGUCAGCAGCACGCCGAACCCCAGCAGCAGCCUAGUCAAAUACAGGUCAACAAGCUGUACCAGCUGUUGAUCGAGAAACCAGCACUGUUGGAGGAUGCUCCACCCGUACAGCAGCAGCAGCCGGGAGGGCAGGCUGUGAAUAGUGAUGAUGUUGGGGCGAGCUGUAGUAGUUCGGUGAAUAGGGAAAUGGUGGGUGGUGAGAUGCAAAGUAGAUGUGGUAGUGGAUUUAGAAGUGGGUCUAUCAAUGAGACCGAUUUGCGAGAAGCUGUGAGGUAAAUUGCGCCUAGAAGCAAUUUUGGAAUUCGUAUUUUGGUUGAUUUUUAAAAUGUCAACCCUGAAGUCCAGAUAGAAAUAGUUAAGUAUAAAAUCUUAGGGCUGCUGGUUAAUUUGGUGUCAUAAGUUUGUACUAAGGAUCACUUCAAUAUUGGGUACAUUACUCAAAUGUUUUGCCAUAUACAACAACAAUAUCGUUGUUUUGGGUAGCAACUUCAGAAGGCGAUAUAUCAGACGUAUAGCAUACUAUUAGCCAUUGAAAUGUCUGAUAUUUUCCUUGGUGUUUACAGGGGGAGGGCUGAUCUAAUUAGUAAUAUUUUUAAUCAAAAUAUAGCUCCAACUUGCUAUGCCCCCCUUGACAUAGAUUUACCCAUCAUUCAAAACUCUAACCAUUGAACGAUAAAAGUAUUAGUAAUCACCCAGUCACAGUAUCUCCAAAUCACCAAACCAAGUUUAGCUAAAUUAGAGCAAGUUUUAUGUAGUAUAUGACCACCAAAAUCCAUCCCAGUUAGUAGGAUAUUUAUAGUAGCAUUAGUUUUAGUGAAAAUAAAGACCAGUUCCUUCUUAUCUGAUAAUCUAAAGUAAAAGCAGAUUGAUGGCAGGGAAAUUUUCGCAUGAUGCACAUUCGCAAACCUGGCGGCUGAUUUGAUUUUACAACAACUGAAAAUGUGAUGGACUCCAAAGUGGUCAUCAAUGUAAGAAAGUGUGAGUGAAUUAUAUUUUUGCCAAGAGAUUAUUUGUAUAUUCAUAAGUUUUAUGAAAUGCGUCAUUAUGUAUACUGAAUCAUUUCAUGUUUUGUUGCAUGAGCUUGUUUGUGUUAACUUAUCGAAAACAAGCUGCCCGCCUGCCGUUUCUAUUCGGACCAUUGAUAUCCGCCAAAGUUCGCAGAAAGAUUGUUGAUCAUUAUUUUUAUUUCACAAAUUAUUAUGAAACGCUUUGAAGAAAUUUAACUAAAAUUGGGUUUUGAUCCACUCCUACUUCUGAAUGUGUUCAAUUGAUUUGAUGUAAUAAAUAGGAAAAUGGUCCUUAAUUGUAAUUCAUGCUCAUUUUGUCUAAGACUCGUGGUGGAGUGAUAUGGAAAUUGAAAAUUAAAAUCUUGCGCAAAACCACGGUAAUUCAAAAUAUUAUUUUCUGCAAUUAAUGCAGGAUCAGAAUUGAUCUUUUCUGUCAAAAAUUUCAAUUAGUUCAAGAGCCUCUUUUUGGUGUCUUUUUUAUUUUUUGAUGGAAUUGGAAAUUGAAAAUAACAUAAAUUGCUGCAAUCUAUUUUGGCUCUACAUUUACCCUAUUUUGGACCAACAUCACACUGAACACAGUGGAAAAUGCCGUUCAUCUAUGGAAUAUGACUUUGGCAUUGUAAUUCCAAGACCAUCUCCUGGCAUCAAGUAGUUUAUUAGCGUUUGAUCACGAGAAUAAUUUUAGCAGCGAUUGUUUGCGUGUGUUAGUGUGAGCUAAAAAAGUUUUAUAUUCGAUACAUACUCUAUAAAGUAUUCUGUAUUUUUGCUAAUGUAGUGUGAUUAGAAAAAGCAAACUAUUUUCUUGUGGAAAAGAUUCCGAAGCAAAAUGACAAUUUUUUAUACUAGUAGAAAUUGCUUUCCGUAGGCUAAGUUUGGAAGAACAUUUUCACCGAUAUUAUUGUGUAGUUAAAAAAACAACUGGUGAUUCCUAAUCGAUAAUCGAUUGUCAAAAAAAUUGAUUGUGUCUUAACUCUUAAUGUUUCUGAAAAACAAAAGAAACUGCGACUUACCUUAUUACGAUUUGGUGAGUUGCUAACUUUCUUGGUAAAAUGAAUUUGACUUGGUCACUGACAGCCUUAUGGAAAAGGACUGAAAAUAUUGAUGUCUAUAUUUUACAAUGCAGAUAAAGGUGAUAAGUCCUUGAACGUUCGUGUGAUUUUUUUACUAUCCCUAAAACAACAAGCCAUAGUUAAAGCAAACAAGUGCAUCUUCCUAUUGAAAUUCUACAAAAUAUUAAUCCACGCGCCACUAAAAUUGUAUAUGCUCUUCACUAAAAAAGAAACCUUAGCUCGUAAGCGAAUGCGAAUUGACUCUGUGAUUUUGUUUUCUUGUUUUUAGCGACAAAGCUUGUUUUUUUUUUUAAUUUUGACCUAUAUAGUCGUUCGAAAGUCGGACGAAAAAUUUAUUGUUAUUAUCAUUUGCAUCGGGAAGAAGAAACGAUGACGAGAGCACGAUACAAUUUCGGAUUAAAUCAUUGUGGAGCCGCCACUCUCAAUAAUUGUUUCCGAGUGACCAAACAAUGAGUAAUAGCUUAACGAUGUGAGAACCUAACCGAUAAACUCGCAUAUUAUCCCCCCAGAGGCUUGGCUCAAACCAAAGAGAUUUCCCUGUGUAAAAUAAUCUAUUUUAAUUAAACUCUGAGUCAUGAAAUAAAGUUAGUUCCAAUCACGAGGCUCACGCUCUUCAAAAUGUCAUCGUUAAACGUCAUCGUUUCAACGUAAGUUUAAAUAGUUCGUAACUAUUGCAAUUAUUGAAAAAAAAAAAAACAGAAAUGUUUCUGCGAAACUAAGACGAUUAAAAUUUUUCAGAUAAUACUACAAAUAGAUAGAAGCAAGUGCCGUAAUAAGUUAAGCAUUGGCAGACUGAUUUAAAAUCGUAUUGUUAUAAAAGCGUUGCCUUCUUUUCACACCGUUAAAAAUCACACAUUUGCCUUUUGGAAUCGCAACAUCACUUAAAAUUUUGAAACAAUCAGUAUUUACCAUUUACUUAAAAAAAAGUCCAUAAUUAAAAUCUCUUACAUAACCGUCAUUAUAACAAGAAAAGGAAAAAAUAGAUUUUUCAGAGGUUAAACAAUCUCAACUACAAACCACUCAGUACAACAAUUAUAGCAGUUUUUUUUCUCCAUGUCCAAAGCUUUCUACUAUUUAUUUAGUAAUUUAUUUCAGUUAGCAAAUAGCAAUCACUAGAACAACAUAAAACAGUAUGAGUAAAAUACCACAGAACAAUAAUGUAACUAAAACGAAUAUGAAUUGAUCAAAUAUUAAGUUAAUCAACAAUUGUUCACUAGUGCACGACUUCCAAAUCUAUUACUAUUUAAAUGCGAAGUAAUAUUUUUUAAAAUAUGCCACGUACUACCCACUAUAUACAAUAUUGAAUGAUGUGAGUGUUGAUAUAGCAUUAUUUAUUGAGAAAGAAAACUUUCAAACUUUACCGAAUAGACCCGUAUGGGAUUUGUAAAUAAACACUUUGUACAAACUACAAUCAAUACAAACUACUUAUAAAGAUAACAAGUUUUUAUCGUGAUGAAAAUUUUAGGCCACAAAAUGAUAAUGACAUUAAUAAAACAAAAUACUAAUUAUUCAAAACGGGA